AUGGAAAUAGCAAUAGAAUUGGGGUUUCUUAUUUACGCAAACUUAUUUGAAAAUUUCGAAGUCCUCCACCUUGCACAAGAUGUUGACAUUUGUGUAUACGAAAAGGAAAUACCACUGCCACUAGGGAUAAUCUCAUGGAUUGUUUCUAUUACGUAUGACACCAUGUUACUGUGUUUGGCCCUUUUCAAAGCAGCGGAAUACUGGAGAAUAUCAGCCGGAUUCAAGGGCUUUCAUCUUGUCCGAGCACUCGUCGAAGAUCAAGCAUUUUAUUAUGGCUUCGUAAUAUUCGUCUGUGUGCUGCAGAUAGUCAGUCGCGAUCUCCACGAUGUUGCUCCCUUCAUCGCAACCUUUCUGAGCUUGGCGGGAAAGCCAACCUUACUUCCUAUUAUUGGCAGCCAUAUUUUGAUCAGCAUGAAAGAAGCCGGGGAGAGGGGCGCGAACAAAGGAACCAGCCUUCAGCUGAGCGACAUGAGCGACAUAGUGAUUGCAGAAGAUGCUCCUACAGAACUGCCGAAAGACGAAGGAAUAACUCUUACCUGA